AGAGAGCGAAUAGACUCUGAUUUCACACACAGCACAGGGAGGAGUCGGCGUCAAUGUGUAAAUGCACACACGCACUCUGAUGCCCAUGCCCAGGGAGACAACAGGAGGCGGACAGAGACUUCAGUUGCAGAAUGUCCACUUGCUGCAGUCAGACAUGUAGGAGGAGUAGCUGCUCUGCUCGCCGUUCCAGCUCUGUUUCAGUCCUGUAAGCACCUCCCAUCCCCCCCAGUGUUCGCUCCCUGGUCUGCGGUUGCUAAGGGGCUGGCUGGAAUGACCCGGACAGAAGAGCUCUGAUCUACAAUACAGAUGCAUGCCCAUAUAGGAGGGCACUGCUGUGCAGACCAACGGUCUUCAACAGGCACAGCUUGAGAGGAGGACCUCCACAGAGACACACAGACACACACACUGCAACCUCGGGUGUGUUUGUGGGAGUUUCCUGCUGAAGGAGAGACCUUCUUUCCAGAAGUCAGCACUCAGAGAUCUUGAACGCUCUGUGAUGGUGAACCCCAAGAAACCGUUGAACACAACAUAUUUAUCUGGCCCCUUGAGCUCAGAGACAGUGAAUGAUUGCGACACAGAGAGCAGCCUUUGCAGCGCGACCCCGUCCCAUGUUGCUCCCUCCUCUCAGGGAAUGGCCAAGGUCCAGGAUGGACACACGAACACAUGUGAAAGCACUGACAUGUUAGAGGAGAGCCACGAUGGUAUGGACAGUGGCACCCUGAGUCCUCCUUCAGCUCGACAGGUUACCAUCAAGCGCCACCCUACUCAAGGCUUCGGCUUCAUAGCAGGCAGCCAGAGGCCUGUCAUCGUUCGCUCCGUCUCUGCCGACGGCCCCUCCUUUGGAAAACUUCUCCCUGGAGACCAGAUCUUGGCCAUAAACGAAGAGACGGUGAGCGACGCGCCACGAGAGAGAGUCAUAGACCUUGUAAGACGCUGCAAAGACACCAUAGUUCUCACUGUGCUGCAGCCCCAUCAGUCACCUAAGUCUGCCUUCAUAAGUGCAGCCAAAAAGGCCCGCCUGCGAACCAACCCUCCUAAAGUGCGCUUUUCAGAGCAAGUGUCGAUCAGCGACCCGGACUCAACAAUGCUUAAGGACGACUCCUUGCUGCUCAUACCAAAUGUGUUGAAGGUGUUCUUGGAGAAUGGACAGAUUAAAUCUUUUACGUUUGACAGCCGCACUACUGUCAGGGAUGUGAUCUCCUCCCUGCAGGACCGCCUCUCAUUGCGCUACAUUGAGCACUUUGCUUUGGUGCUGGAGGCAGGUGGGCUGGACCAGAAUCAGAGGUUGCAUCUGCUGCAGGAGAAUCAGCCACUGACACAUGUGGUGCACAGAACCUAUUUCCAGGGGAUGAAGUGUCUGUUCCGUGUGUGCUUCUUCCCCAAAGACCCUGCAGACCUGUUAAGAAGAGACCCUGCUGCAUUUGAGUACCUCUAUAUACAGAGUCGCAAUGACGUUAUCAAGGAGCGCUUCAGCAUGGACUGGAAAUCCGACGUCACGUUACGACUGGCUGCGCUCCACAUUUACAUCACUGUGUCCUCUGCAAGGCCUAAUCAGAAGAUCUCUCUCAAACAUGUUGAGAAAGAGUGGGGAUUAGAGCCUUUUCUUCCGUUCACUCUCCUUCCCACAGUGAAGGAGAAAAAUGUGUGUAAAUCCUUGUCUCAGCUGCUGAAGACAUACCAACAUCCACCACCAUCAGGGAACAAGGUUCCUCCACUCCAGGGAAAGCUGCAGUACAUGCGAAUACUCAACGAUCUUCCACCUUUUGGUGGAAUACUCUUUCACACAGUGGGAUUGGACGAAAAGCAGUCUGCCACAACACUUCUAGUGGGGCCUCGACAUGGAAUCAGUCAUGUUAUUGAUCUCAAAAACAAUCUCACAACCGUUCUGGCUGAGUUCAGUAGGAUUUCCAAGAUCCAGCUUUAUAGAGAGAGUCAAGGAGUAGCUCGUGUUGAAGUAUCAAUUCAUGAGGCCAAGCCUCUGGUUUUACUCAUGGAAUGGCCUGAUGCCAGUAACUUUGCGUGCCUCAUUUCUGGCUACUAUAAGCUAUUUGUAGACCCCAAACGAAGCAUCUACAACCGUAACUUUGGUCAGUCUCAGCUGACCAAGCCAGAUUACAGAAGUUCCCACCAUCCCCAUCCGCGAGCUGGGGCAGCUGGAUUGCAAAGUGGAGGGCGGCGAGGGGAGGAGAGGGAAAGUUCCCACAGAGAGUCAGGAAGUUCAAGACCCGUGGUUCCUGCAGAACCUCAACAUCUAGGCUUGUGUCACAUUCACCUUAGAGAGCAGCAACAAUUCCAGGAGCUCCAAGUGCACCCAGAGACCGAGCUCGACAUUAACGAGAACUUCAUUUCUCAUGAGCCACCUGGUCGACCUCGUACCAAAUCAGAUCCCACACAGGAGACUACAGAGGAAAUAGUUGGGGUUUUAGAGAGCACAGCUGUAGAGAAGACAGGAUUUCGAGUGAGGGCCCAAACAAUGGGUCAGUCAAAGAAAACUUCACGGUACUUCUGUGAUUCCUGCAAAGCCAGGCUAAAGGCCGAGGGUCAUUCAACUGCAGCAAACAGCAGUGGGAGCUCGGGGAGACAUUGCUCCAGUGCUUGUGCCUCUCGAGAUGCCGGGGCAGUAGACCUUAUGGCCCUCCCACCUCCUGGCAAUGAAGAAGAGGAGGAGGCAGAUGGUGGAGGUGAAAAGUUGCAACCACCACCGCCUGCCAUUGCUGCCCCACCACCUGGCUUCAGGGAUAACAGUUCUGAUGAGGAUGAUCCGAAAAGAGCAAAGAAGGCCCGAACUAGCACUAAUAUUGAGAUUGCUACAGGAAAGAAGGCACAAGCUAAAGAAGAUGUGCCUGUGACACUGAUUGAUAAUGUGGCCACAAGAACAGUUCGAGACCAUGCCCAGGAGCUUGAUGAUGCUCUGGUGUCCACCUUACAGGCACUUGAGGCUUUGGCAGCCUCAGAAGACUACCCGCAUCAUCCUCAACAACCAACACAGACUGCAGGGUUGAUUGUCUUAGCUGCCAUUACACCUGAGUCAUCACUGGAUUCAGGGCAUGAGACCAACUCCUCUGAAUUGACAGAUGUUUCUGAGAUGGUGUCAGCAAUGAAGCAAAACCAGAACCAGGCAUAUCUUCUAGCUCACCAUAUCAACAAAGAGCGUAUUCUCUGCCGUCGUGACUUCCCCAUGGCAAUCCCUGGCUGCACUGCAAAGACCAUAGGGACUGGGGCUUUUACUGUGGGUCAGAUUCGUGCUGGUUGCCCACCCAAGCAAGUAAUCCUGAGUAAGACUGUUCCCUUUAAAGUAAACCCUGGCCAAGAUUCAGCAAUACUUAGGGUUGUGACAGAACAAGGUGGCACUCAAGACACUUCUCAGACUGAACAGAAAGUAGAAUUAAAAGCAAUAUCAGAAUCUGUCAAAGCAAACACAACUGAGCCUGAUUCUAAGAAAUCAGAAGAACCUAAAAAAGUUAAUCUGUCAUUGACAACUCAAGUCAAUGCUGACCAGACUAUAUCAAACUCUUCAGAAAUAUCCCAAUCUCAAAAUCUGUCUGAUGGUGUGAAGAUUAAGACAGCAGCCCCUCUUGCUAUAGAGCCGAUACACAAAGCCUUACCUAAAAUUUUGCCUGUGGACACAAGUGUUUCUGUCAAGAUCUCCACUAAUAUGUGCCAAGAAGCCAAGACUGCCUCCAGUGAGACCAUGAAGCCUUCAAGCUCUGCAGAUCUUCUGCCAGUGGAUGACCUUUUCUGCACAUGCCCUGUGCAACAGGAACCCACAUCUCAACUAAGGCUAAAAGACCCACAGGUCCAAAAGAUGAUAGUGUUUCAGUCAUCCUCCCCCACAGAUGAUGAGCGUCUUCGAGCCAAAGGCCUCCAACUGGCAAAUAAUAAAGAAAAUGCAACAAGAGUAGGUGCUGAUCCUACUUUGGCAAAGGCAAGCCCUCAAAUACAAAGUAAGUUAUCCCCUCAUUUGCCUGUAAAGGUAGAAAGGAAAGAAACAUCUGAAAACAAGACUGAGGGUGCCCAGGUAAAAUCCCACUCAGAAACACAGAAUCAGAAAUCCACUGUAAAAUCCUUACCUAUUUUAGAUGAUCUCACAACACCAAGUCCCAAUGUGGAAAAAGUCUCCACUCUUCCAGCUAGAGACUCAAAGAAGCAAGGCAGUGACAAGAAGUCACAGCGCAAUGCUCCUUUUUUGAGCUUUAGGAACCUUCUUUCAGCAACAUUUCCUGCAAGAAUGAGAAAAGAGACAGAUGAACGAAGAGCACAGUUGCAAAAAGUUCGGCAAUAUGAGCUAGAGUUUUUAGAGGAAUUGCUGAAGCCCAAGUCAUCACAAGGGGAAUUUAUACCCCAAAGAUCCUCUCCUGUGCCAUCAGGCACUCCUUGCGCCUGCCAACUCCGUACCAGUCCUGUUCUUAAAGCUCCAGGGAUAUCCAGGGAGCAGCGACGCAGUUGUGACUGUAAACGAAUGUGCAGGGGUAUGCGACUACCUGACACACCAGUUGGCACAACCACAGAGACAAAAAAUCGAGGCAGAGAGAGAAAUAUCUCAAAGACCCCUCCAGCUGUUUCCAAAACUCCUCAUACCCAAAGUGCUACAAGGAGACCUCAAACUUUAGAGAUCAAAACCACAAGAAUACGAUCUACCAGUCUUGAGUCAAGAGAGCCAAGGGGAGACCAGAGCUCUUGCUUGCCCACCUGUACUUCUCAAACCGACUGCAUAGGAGCUCCACAAUACAAAAAGCUUCAGAGACGAUACAGCAUUGGAGAGCUAGACAAUAGUUCGAACACACCUGUGUAUGCUGAGGUGAAAGCAAAACCCAAAAGUCUGGAGAAAGAAAUGGAAAGAGUGAGGGCCACAGGAUUAAGGCUUCCCACUCCUAUAGAGCCAAUUCACACUCAGUCUCAUCAGGCAGACGGUAAAGGGAAAAGGGGUGUCUUUUUCAUUCAAGGAGAGGAACUGCUACGUGAUACUAAAGAAGGAACUGGGGAGGUUUUGCUUACAUUGCCCAGUGAAGAUAGUGAUGACAAAGACAAAUGCUGCUCAUUUUGUUUCUGUUAUAGGAAGUGUGAAGCCGCAGAUGAAAGCAGUGAGAAAGAUGAACUCUCAUAUUCCAUACCUCUACAGGUCCUUCCAGGAAUGGAGAUGGACUCGCGCACAUUUCCUGUUGUAAGCAAAACACUCCAGGUCUUAAAUGCAGAGGACUGCAGUGGGGAAGAAGAGGAGGUAGAGGAAGAGGAAGAGGAACCACAGACACAAGACAUCGACCUAAGAACCUGUGGCACACUGGAAGGGAGCCUUGCACGUGUACAGGCUCUGCAAGGGAAAAGUUUCAGUUUACCUGAUGGUUUUCUAAAUGCUCAGCUGGAUGCUAAUGAGUUGCUAGCUAUCCUUCGACAGUGUGCUAACAGCCCACAUGCUGACGGCGAAGCUCGUCUCCAGUCUUCACGGAUUGCAGAGUACAAACAGGAACUGGCAGUGCGGUUCAAAGAGUUCAGGGCAUCAUGUCGACGAGUGGCAAGUGUGGAAAAAAGCCCAACACGAAUGCUUGCUGUUGUUUCAGACAGCUUCCAGGUGUUAUGUGAACUAACUCAGACCUUCAUCAAACUGGUCAGAGGAGUCCGCUCAGACGCCCAAAGGCUACAGCUGUUGAGGAAAGUUGAGGAAGUCGCUAUCAACUACACUUUACUUCUUCGUGCAGCGGAAGAGUCCAUGGGACACUCAAGCAGUUUGCCAACAAAGACAAUGAGCCCUCAGAUUUGCUCCAAUACCAAUAACAUGAGCUCACUUACACGACCCAUCAAAACUCUGCCUGCACAGUAGGAAUGAAUCUGGCAGGAACAUGGGUGGCUACUUUAGCCAAAUUCAUUAUUUAUUUAGCUUUUACAAUUUUUACUAAAUCUGCAAUGAAUCAUUCGAUUGCAAUGCAACUCUUUCAUCCCAUGUUUACAGGCCCUGAGGUAGCCUUGUUUUGAAAACAGAUAUACACCAAACUAAUGCACAAUGGAGCAAGAACUCUACAGCAGGCUGGGUGAUACAGGGCUAAUCACCUCAUAUGAACAUUCACAAGA